AUGACCUUAUAAUCGGACAAUAGAGCAUUAAAUGUCAAAUAAACAAUUUUUGAACACUUUAUAUUUCCAUUCAAAUUGAACCCCCAAAUUUUAAAUCAAAUUAAUAGCUCAUUCAUCUCCUUUGAAUAAUUUAGAGAUAUUGCUCAAAAAUACUCAGUCUCAAAUAUCGAUGCCGAUGUUAUUUUCACUUUCUUUUAGUUGGCAUUAGAAAACUAGCCAACAGUAGAACGCAAAAUUGUGGAUCUCAAACAACUGAGCUUAUUCUUGUCCUUACAAAAUUUUAAUCAUGCAGGAAGACAUUCAAUUUUUGAAAACAUCAACAUCAACGAUGUGAAAUAUCAAGAAAGACAACGACAACCCAUGAAUUCCUAUUCUCCAUUGAACUCUCCCAGAGCAAAAACAAUGAGGGCUCAAUCUCAAUAGAAUGACAUACAGUAAGUAAUAUAGUUUGUGAAAUCGAAUGUUAAAGAUUGGAUGAGUCUAUUAACCAACAAUCAAGAAGCAAUAACUAGUUAAGAAUUUAAUUUGUUAUCCUUGAUUCUAUUUAAUGAAUAGAAAUCUAUAAGUUAAUUAAUUUUUGAUCGAACUAACAAAUUGGGCAAAGAGAUUGUGUCAGAAUGGACAAUUAAGAAUAUUUAGUGUUAAGAAUAUGCAUCAACUAUCAGUGGAUUCACAAAGUCAGUAACCAUUAAAAACAACGUAGGAGAGGAUCUAAAAAUAACUCAGUGUGAUGAUUCUAUGAUUUACAUCGAUUGCAGUGUAAAUACAUUAUCAAUAUCCCAAUGCACUAACUGCUAAAUCUUUGUUGGAUCUGUGAGAAUGAUUACUAGCAUAACCUCAUGUGAGAAGAUAACUGUUUGUGUAGCAUCCAAUUAUCUUAAAAUCAGCAAUACAAUAGAUUCAACCAUCCAUUACUAUGGGUCAUAUUCACCCAUUCUCUAUGGUGAUUGCAGAUCCAUCAUACUUGCUCCCAAUAAUUCUAAUACAGAGAAGACUCUUCAGAGAUUAAGAGAAGCAUCCAUCCCCAUUAAUAAGUAAUGUAGAGACAAAUAUCAGAAACCCUUAAUUAUAGGACAGAGUAAGAUUGAUUGGUCACUUCUACCUAUUGAAGAGUUUAGUAAGUUCAUAUUGCCAGAAUCACAUUUUGGAUGCAUUGAUUCACCAUUGAUUUUAGAGUGCAAUUUCGAUAUUGACAGAAUGAACAAAGAAAUUACAGAAAAGAAGAUUUUGACUCAAUAGAUGAAUUAUGAAAAAAUCGUUCUUCCACUUCUGGCUCCCCCUGAAUACAUUAAGGCUGUUUAUGAUAGAUACUAAUUGUUUGCUGGCAUCCAAGCUUAAAUCAAACAAUCCAAUCUAAAAGAGGAAAAUCAGAAACUACUCUAGAAUGCCAUUUAAGGAAACUUCAGAGAAUGGCUAGUGUCCACAGGAACUAUUAAAGGGAUCAGCGAUUUAGUUAAAUUAAUUGAUUAAGAAUAAUGAAAUAUAUAAAAUAUAAUUUAUUAAA